UUCAAUUUCUCUCCAUCGUGCUGACAAGUUUUGUUAUCCACGGUGCUCAAUGCCACGAGAAAUUAAUUCUCAAGCCGGUACAAGUAACUUUCUCGAGGAUGAAACUGACCGGCGGACGAGGAAAAACGGCAGAGCCACGCCGGAGGCAACAACAAAGCUCUGUCGACAUGGCAUGGCCGCUCUGCUUCAGUACGCAGGGGGGGAAACAAGACAGACAAGCUGCGCCGGCCCAUCCCCGCCCCACCUUUAUAUGGGCACGUCCUCUCGCACGCCCCUUCGCAGCCCGACAGUCACGAGGCCACAGCUCCGCGCAUCGACACGACGCCGCGCGAGGCUUGGCUUUGGCGCGCGCUCUCGGGCGAUCAUGCAGCCCGUGUCCGGCACGGGCGUGAUGGACAUAGACCUCCCAUCGGCGCGGGCGGCGCGGGUGCUGGGCCGCGGCGCCAUGGGCACCGUGUUCCUGGUCGCCGCCGACGCCGAGUACGCGCUCAAGGUCUUCGACAGGCGCUCCCACGCGCCCGGGCGCGCGGAGGACGCCGCGCGGCGCGCGCGGUGGGAGGUGUCCGUGCUGUCCCGGCUCGCGCACCCGCACCUGCCGUCCCUGCUGGGCCGCGCCGAGACGCCCGACCUGCUCGCGUGGGCCAUGCCCUACUGCGCUGGGGGCGACCUCAACGAGCUCCGCCGCGCGCAGCCCGACCGCGUCUUCUCCCCCGCCGCCGUCAGGUUCUACGCCGCCGAGCUCGUCUCCGCGCUCGCCGACCUCCACGCCGCCGGGAUCGCCUACCGCGACCUCAAGCCCGAGAACGUCCUCCUCCGCGCCGACGGCCACGUCACGCUCACCGACUUUGACCUCUCCCGGCUGCUCCCGCCCAAGUCCCCUUCCGCCUCCACGUGCACGUCCGCCUCCUCGCCGUGCUCGUCCGCUACGCCGUCGCCGACGGCGCCGAAGCCAAAGCCCCACGGCCGACAGUACCGCCACCUCCGCCGAAUCUUCGCGAGAAGCGAGUCCUCGGUGGCCGCGUCGUCCGGACAUGAGCCCCAGCACAACCUGGCAUGGUACCUUAACAGGAGCGACGGCGGCGUCGACAAGCUCAAGAAGGCCAGGUCCGCCAGGGCGUCCGCGUCGUCGGGCCGCGGCAAGAACCACGCGAGCUUCCGCUCGGCGGCGAGCGGCGGCGUCGCGUGCGAGAGGUCCUUCUCGUUCGUCGGCACGGAGGAGUACGUGGCGCCGGAGGUGGUGAGGGGCGACGGCCACGAGUUCUCCGUCGACUGGUGGGCGCUCGGGGUGCUCGUGUACGAGAUGGCGUUCGGGAGGACGCCGUUCCGCGGCCGGAACCGGAAGGAGACGUUCCGGAACGUGCUGCUCCGGGAGCCCGAGUUCUCGGCCGACGUCGGGCGGCGGUGGCCGGACCUCACCGACGUCAUCUCGCGCCUGCUGGACAAGGACCCCGCGAGAAGGCUGGGCUUUUCAGGCGGCGCCGACGAGGUCAGGGCGCACCCGUUCUUCGCCGGCGUGGCGUGGGACUUGCUCGGGGAGGUGUCCCGGCCGCCGUACAUACCGCCGCCGGCUGAUGACACUGUGGCGUGCGAGGGGUUCGGCGUGGUAGAUUACUUGCAGAAGCUUCACCAGCCUCCACCGCAGGCAGAUGGAUCGCCAGAGUCCUUGCCAGAGUUCUGACGUUCGUUAUUUUCACCUGCUGUAUGUCAGUUUUACCGUUUUGCACCUUGGAGAAUCACUAUAUCCUGCGACUAGGGUUUAGUUGUAUUGUAUCGUCGUAUGUGUAAAUACGACACGAAGAUUAUGCUAGAGUAAUGACUCGUUCGGUAAUCCAUUAGCUUCUUAAAAUUUAAAAACUUA